AUGAUAUCGGUAAAAUUCUAUGGAACUGCAGCAUAUCUUAUAGACAAAAGUCUUAUACCAAUAGUUUUGUUAUGGUUAGACCCAGUUGUUGGAUAUAACUUCAUAACAUAUGGUUCAUUCAAUACGGAACGUUGCAGUGAAGGCUUACUUUACAUCGUUCAGAAACCGAAGGACUUCAAUACAAAAAGAUAUAAGAUAGGAAGAACAUAUAAUAUAACUCUAAGAUAUGACAGUUCAGUCAAUAGAGUCAAGGUUGUGUUGGUUAAUGAUAUGAGAGCUGCAGAAACAGAACUACUUGAAAAGUUUGAGAAAAUGUAUGGUGCUCCCAUAAAAGGUAAAGAAACGUUUGAAGUAGAUGAGAUAGAUAAAGCUAUAAAAUUAUUUGACGAAGUUGCUGAAAAAUACAUGUAA